CACUCGACGACCGAAACUAAGCACGCGGCUCGACUUACGGCUCACGCAGACCUCAUCCUAUCCGACAAGCGGGUCUGGCAAACAACAUGUCGUUCGAUCAAGCGAUUGGCACGCCAUUCACUUUGGCAUCACUGUCCAAGCCUGUACGCUCCACCAACGGACGUGUGCAUGCCGCUGGAGUCUGCAGCGCAAGCGGCGUUAAGAAGAGAAAGCGCACUGAGAUUGUUGUUGGCUUGGAUGGAGAAGGCUUAUCUAUAUACAGCCUUCAAAAUCCGCAACUCGUAACUUCGUAUGCGCUGCCGCCGAGCGCCUCCCUCACAUCUGCACCUUUUUCCAUUUAUCGAAAAGGGUCUUCGAAGACCCCGACGCAGCGCUUCACAUAUGCUUCCCUAGCCGGAACUACCGCGGUCGACAAGCCCCAGCUGGUCUGCUUCCACGAGAAAACCCGAGGCGAUCAGUCAGAGACGGUCAAGACCUCAUACACGCAUAGCGAAUACCCCGCGCAAUUGUUGGCUCUUGAUGCGCUUCCCGUAGCAGCAGGCGGCUCGGCCAAGGAUGCAACACAUGAUGUCCUUGCAGCUUUUGACAACGGCGACGUCAUCUGUCUGUCGGCAGAUCUCGAGGCUGUAAGAUGGGUCGCAAACCUGACGUUGCUUGUCUCGCCUAGAGACCCGCGAGUGGAACUCGAGCAUGUCUCAUUGACAAACGCCAAAGCAGCAAGUCGGGGCCUACUACGGAGUCGAGGGGAUAUCGCCGCCGUUUUGAAUCCAAUGGCAGAUGAGACCUCGGACCUAUUAGAGCUCACCCAGAUUCUAUGCGUCAUUGGUCGCAAAUCUGACGGUUCCAGGACAUUGGGUCUUCUCCAAGUCCAGUCACGAUCUCCAGACCUAGCCACGAAUCACUUGUCACCGCUCAAGCAUCUUGUGUCUUGGAACCUUCCCAAACCGCCGAAGAUCUCGACAUCGAUAACUUUGCCACCGCAAUUCGACCUUAAUGCCCCAAGUGGUUCCCUCCAUAUCCUCGACAAAGGCGCGCUGCUUACCUACGACUUGUCUGGUACUACCCCCAAGCUAAAUUCGGAACUUUCUAUAUCUAGCUCGAGCGUCGAUUCGUUCCUGCGAACAGCACAGGAUGUUCUCUUCACUAUUUCGCAAGAUACAUGUCGCGUGUUUGAUGCGAAGUUCAACUCUCUGCAAGCGCUCUUGGCAUUGGACCCGUCUUCAGGCAACCCCGACGCUACAAGCCCCUCGAAGAAGAGAAAGCUUGCGCAGACUGGGGCUGCGGGCCAGGGAGUUGGUGCUUGCAGCCUGGUCGCAUACUACGCUGAUAUCGGUUUAGUGGUAGCUGCACGCGAAGAUGAAAUCUUCGGCAUGCAAUUUGGAGGUAUUGGCAUGCGGAAGCGGAUGAAGACAGAUAGCACUCUACUCAUCGACGCUCUCGGCAAAGGAAUUUGUUCGAACCCGCCAACUGCCCCUAAUCACGAAAACAAAUGGCAAGAAAGAAAGGCAAAACUCAACCGAUACGCAGCGAAGGGGAAAAUUGCUAAGUUUGAAGAGGCAUUCGCUACAGCCUUGGGCAUUCAACUCGAAUCGGUCGAUGCAGCAAAGAAGCGGGAAAACGAGGCAAAUGGUGGCCCAGUAACAAACGGUGUUGGACCAAAGCUGCCCGAUGCAGAUGCCAUGGUCAUCGACAAGCUUGACGAUGGAAGCGAAAUUGCCGAGGACGAACUGCGAAGAUGGAAGACAACCAAGGUGCGAUCUAACAAUCAGUUGCCGCAAUACCGCCAGUACGCUCUGUACGCUUUGAGCAAAAUCUUCCGUUGGAUAGAUGCCGAUGUCACAUCAGAGGCGCCUUUGUCCAAAGCGAGCCCACGAGGUUCUUUGAAGGUCGACUUCUUUCCGCCGAACGUCUUUCAAUGGCUUCUACAAACUGGCAAUUUGACCAAAGAGUCGAUUCGUAGAUCGAUACUGGACGAGAUGCCUUCAAAACCCCAGUCAACGUCGAUCAUCAGCGAUGGAGAUAUCACUAAGGCUCUUGUUGAAUUUGAUCCGGAUCUGCAUAUUCUCUCAGCAGUCCUCAACCAUGAUCAGUUUCUUCCAAUAGGCGAAGUGGUCCAGGCUAUCAAGCUACUCAUUCAAAACAUAGGCGACGAGCCAGAGCAAAACGAGGUUACCAAGCGGCUGACAAACGGCACCGCUCCAUCGGAAGAUGAGAUGGAUGUUGACAUUGCUUCUGAGCUUGAAGCAGCCUCGCACGAAAUUGAUCACGCUCUGUCUAUCCUUGACCAGGGUCUUUUAAUCCGCAGCCACACCCUACGCCCUGCUCUAAUUCGUCUCCAUACCUUCCCUACGCCUACCAUCAGCUCAGCACUUCGUUCAAUGCUAUCCCGACGAGACCUUGAAUCACUCAUUCGACUUCUACAUCUUGAGCUUAAGAAUGGCGGCUGGACCUCUUCGUACGACUUCGUCGAUGUAGAAGACUCGGCUUUGGAAUCUUCAACAGAAGACCCCGACGACCACGCCGUCACCAUCAUCGCCUCCCUGUUGUCUAGUACCCUAGAUGCAAUCGGUGCAGGAGCUUUUCUCACCUCCAUCGGCAGUCCUUCUUCUCCGGAGUCCAGCGAAGAAAUUAUCAACUCGCUCCACGGCGACACGUCCGAAGCACUAAACGGUUUUUGGGAAGCACGCUACAUGCGUGGUCUCCUCUCCGAAUUCCUCCGCUAUGCGUCUAAUGUACCAAAGUCCCAGAAGCCCAGUAAUGAAAAAUUACAGGGACAGGGCAAGCCAUUCCUUGUCACUGGGAAGUUGAGUGGGGAAGAGGAUUUGCCCAUGCUGCCGCUGGGCGGGAAGGGUGAUUUGGGAAUCGAGAGAAUGAAGAAGGGUCUGAGCGGGAGGAAAGAGGAGAGGAGUAAGAGAGAGAUGGGAAUGUUGAUUAGUAAGAGGGUGCCAAAAUAUAGCUUCGAGAGGAUUGUGAUCUAGGUGGUUGUAUUUAGGAUAGUGAUCGGCGCUAGCGUGUAUAGCCGAAGAUACCAUUUUUGCAUGUUUUGGCUAUGUACCCUAGGAUCCGGGCAUCGUGCAUACAUCGUGCAUCCGAUUCCGCAGCCGUGUUGCCGAUAGAUCACUCGUUUGACGCUGCAACGUGCUGACAAUUGGGUGCAUUGCACAAUUGUUGCACAAUCGAACCAGCGC